AUGUCUGAAACAGCAGGAAAAGCAUCCGCAGUUGCGUGGGAAGCUAAGAAACCAUUGAGCAUUGAGACAAUUGAAGUUGCUCCUCCCAAGGCACAUGAAGUCCGUAUCAAGAUUUAUGACACCGGUGUCUGUCACACAGACGCUUACACCUUGAGUGGUGUUGAUCCAGAAGGAGAAUUCCCCGUUAUUUUGGGACACGAGGGUGCUGGUGUUGUUGAAUCAGUAGGUGAUGAUGUCACCACUGUCAAGCCAGGAGACCAUGUUAUUGCCUUGUAUACCCCAGAGUGUGGUGAAUGUAAAAUGUGCAAGAGUGGAAAGACCAACUUGUGUAGCAAAAUCAGAAACACUCAAGGUAAGGGAGUUAUGCCGGACGGAACCUCAAGGUUUACUUGCAAAGGUAAGAAGCUUCUUCAUUUUAUGGGUGUUUCUACCUUUUCACAAUAUACUGUCGUUGCUGAUAUUUCAGUUGUUGCAAUUAAUCCAAAAGCCCCAUUUGACACUUCGUGUUUGUUAGGAUGUGGUGUCACCACCGGUUACGGUGCAGCAACAAUCACUGCAAACGUUCAAAAAGGAGACAACGUUGCUAUCUUUGGUGCUGGUUGUGUUGGUUUGUCAGUGGUUCAAGGAUGCCACGAAAGACAGGCUGGUAAAAUCAUUGUUGUUGAUAUCAGUGACAAUAAAAAGGAAUGGGCAACCAAAUUCGGAGCCACUGAUUUUGUCAACCCUACUAAAUUACCAGAAGGAACUUCUAUUGUUCAAAAAUUGACCGAAAUGACCGACGGCGGUUGCGAUUUCACUUUUGACUGUACCGGUAACGUCAAUGUCAUGAGGGAUGCUUUGGAAGCUUGUCACAAAGGUUGGGGUACCUCAAUCAUCAUUGGUGUCGCUGCUGCUGGUAAGGAAAUCUCUACAAGACCAUUCCAAUUGGUUACUGGUAGAGUAUGGAAGGGUGCCGCCUUUGGUGGUGUAAAAGGAAGAUCACAAUUGCCAGGAAUUGUAGAUGACUACUUGGAUGGUAAGCUUAAAGUCAAGGAGUUUAUUACUGACAGAUUUGACUUGGAUCAUAUUAAUGAUGCAUUUGACGCUAUGCACAAGGGAGGCUGUAUCAGAGCUGUUAUUAAGAUGUGA